AAAUCAGUUUAGGCAUUAGGUAUUCUACAAUGCAGUACCUUAUGUGCAUGUUGGUUAUUCUACCUUAUGUAGGAGGGGGGCCUGUUCAUCCAAGAACUGAAAAGAGCUGUAUAGCGAUGCACACGUUUCAAAACACUUACGAUGUCCUGAAAGCAAAACUCUUUGACAUCAAUGCUGAGAUGAGCCUACUUAAAGAUGACUUGGACAAUGCUAUUGAACAAACGUGUGGAGUCUUAGGAACACUCGGAACUGGAAACACACAUUUAUAUCAACUAACCUAUUGUAAUUUCGAGGAAAAAGAUGAUGAUGAUGAAUGUACGUUUAGGCCGGAGCAUUUCGUUAUUAAUCAAGAUGUUUCUGAUCACACAUUUGGUUCCACUUUAGGACACGUGUACACGUAUACUCCGUAUUACUAUUCUGGUUCAAAGCUGACGUCAGUGAAGAUGUUUCAACCAGCAAAUGCUUACUGCAUAAGAUUUUAUUUUAAACUGCAGGCAGCAGCCGCGGGUUCAAUAAAGUUGUACUUACAGGUAGGAGAACAUCCAGGAUACGCUUUUCACACCAUACCUGCUACGAGUCUUCCUGCAGAGAAAUGGAUUCUUGCAGAAGCUAGUCCAGAUCAAGAAUAUUUGCAACAACCAUUUAAGAUUAUUUUGGAAAACAGCAUUCGAACUAUAAUUUACAUUGACGACAUCAUGGUCUACAACGCCCGCUGUGAUACAGAUGGUAUACGAAGCCCUGUAUGCCCCUUUGGGUCAUUUACGCGAAAGGAAGGUACAAAUUUAAGCUGUUAUACAUUUCAUCCUGAACCUCUCAUGUACGUUGACGCCAUCAAAUCUUGUAAGCGGGUCUGGCCUGAUGCAUCACUUCUUCAGAUUGAAUCUGCAGAGGAACAGACGUAUAUUACCUACCAAAUCAAUAAAUCACGAGCAAUGACAUAUGCCGCUGAUUUUGGAAUAUGGAUAGGAGGAAAUGACGUUGAUACCGAACACAAGUUUGUCUGGAUCGGAAAUGAGAAUCCUAUUCCAUUUAAUUAUACAAACUGGCACCAAGGUCAACCUAACAACAUGAAUGGAGACCAGGAUUGCGUGAUGCUACAGUACAGGACAAACAACAACGACUAUGAAUGGGGAGAUGUCGGGUGUGCUGAGAAGCAUUCGUUUAUCUGCGAGAUGACCUAUGACGUCAGUCACGCAUCCAGUCAUCAAUAUCCGAACACUGUGAUUGGUUAAACCAGAAAUCCAAUAUUAUUUAGACAUUUUACGACUCUCAAUUUCACAAUGAAAUUUUGAUGCGUUUUUUUCUAUAAUUGUUUAUGUACAAAUUGUUAAUUAUAUGCAAAGAAUGUGCCUUUGAUAAGUUUGUAAAUUCCUAUGCAUGCAAU